AUGGAGCCGGCCUGCGACGGGAGCGGCCCCGAGCAGGCCGCCGCCGCCUCGAAGUCGGUCGUGGAGGCCUGGGCCAAGAGCGUCGAGCAGCUCGGCGUGGGCGGCUGCGUGCUGCUCCCGCUGGCGUGGCCCGAGCGCGGCGGCGGCGGCCGCCUCGACGCCGUGCUGGCGCUCGUGCACCGGAGCGCGGAGGGCCUCGGCGAGCUGGCGGUCGUGAACCCUCUGGGCAGCGGGAGCGAGUACCACCCGAG